AUCAAAUUAAGUAAUAAAAAAUCAAUUGAUUAAGAAAUCUACUAAAAACUACAAAUAAUAAAGAAAAAAAUAGCUCUACUUUAAAAAAUGCAAUUCUAAUUAGACGAACUCAUUUAAAACGAUUUUUAACAAUUAUAUUUCUCUGAAUAUUUUGGAAACUACGAGCAAACUCCAGCAAAAGAAAUGGAAAAGGAAGACAAUAUGAGCAAUACAUCUUCAGAUAAAUCAGAUUCAGACAAAGAAAAAAGCUUUGGUGAAAUACUAUUACAAGAAGGACAUGAGUUUGAAUAAAACUUUUUAAACAAUAAUAAAGAAUCUUUACAAAAAUUCAACGAAAAAGCACAUAGAAUUUAAAAAGCUCUUGAUAGAUUUAGCAAUAAAAUAAUUAACUUCUUUAACAAAGACGAGCCCAAAAAUUUAAGUUAAUGA